UGCAGAAUUUGUAGUUGUCAAAAUACAAGUCAAGUCAAAUGUGUGGUGUUGGUGUGAGAGGAAAACAGGACUAAAUUACGGUUUAUUUUAUGAUCUAUGUCUAAUUCAUAUAGAAUUUACUGAAAGUAUUUAUGUCUUUACACGUUGCCGUAACAUAAGAACACUCAUUACUUUAAAAAACUGUUGCGUAAAAAAUGUUAUAAUGGCUACCACCUCCGAAAAUUGGUGGAGUCGCAGGAAAGGUAAACAGAGUGAUUUAUAUAAAUUGGACACUAAGAAUAAAACACCUGAAGAAAGUAUAAAAGAGAUAAUUCAAGGCCUUUAUUUGAAGAAACCAUUCCACAAUGACACCUCUCCCACCAACAAGACUAAUCCUAUGGAGUUCAAGUCAGGUCUUAGAGGCAUGCAGAAGAGUGGAUCUGAUAGCCGUAGACUGUCCUACUUAAAUGCCUUAGUCACACUAUUAUGUAAGGAAGACAGAAGUAAUUUAGGGUUCACUCCUGAUGAGCUGAUGACUUGUAUUCGUGUGAGCCUUGUAGAUGAAUCUAUGGUAAUAAGAGCCUCAGCCCUAAGAGUGUUACGAUAUUUAAUCAAAACAGAAAGUGAUGUAGCAACAUUUAACAACUUGAAAUUACCAUUUCUAGUAAUAAGGUCAAUGGAUUUAAUGCUUCGCAAUGAAGAAGAACGAGCGCAAGCGUUGCGCGUGGUGCGGCGGGUUGUAGCCAUAGUGGGGUCAACCCAAGGAGUUCGAAGACAACGCGGUGCGUUUGUAGAACAGGGUUUGUUACGGUGCCUCGCAGCCGUCGCCCGCGCAGCCAGUGCUGGUGACGGUACUGGCGAUCGCCUGUCACGACCCGCCAUCGCUACCCUUGCUGAGAUCUGUGUUCUCAACCCUGAUAUGUUCAUAUCAUGUGGUGGUGUGAAUGCUGUAACACGACAGUUGGCAGAAUGUGCGACGCCUCGUAUGGCCGAGGCUCUGUGUGGAGUGUUACUCCACGCUCUGAACGACCCCACGUCACGAAGAUCCGCUCGCAUUGACCUCAUGUGUCUCAGUUCACCUUACUGUGAUUUUCAUUUCCGUCCAGCCGGUACUGAGACCAGCAGAGAUGAACGCGAGAUGCGGUUCACAUGUAGUCGCCUUGCCCUUCUGUGUGUGCUGAGAAGUUGGCCAGGGUUGCUCCACUUCUGUCACCCAUGUAGCACUGGAGGGCUGCGCGCUCUAGUCGACGCCCUCUAUCUACCGCGAUUAGAGGUUCGAAAAGCGAUAUUAGAUCUCUUGUAUGAACUAGUCGGAUUGCCACAACCAGAAUGGACAGAUGAGAUUUCUGUAGCUUUAGAUGCAGUUGAUCCAUCUGACUUUCAAGACUCCUGGCGGCUGAACGAAGGUUUCGUUGCCGCUGAAGGCGUUGCCAUAUUACCUCAUCUUGGUGCUACGGGCCCUGAUAUAAUAGAAAUUCAUCUUGCACUUUUACUUCAGUGUUUCUUAGAGGCUGGAUUACUAGACGGAUUAGCUGAAGUGAUCGUGACAAGUGAUACUUUUAUAUCGGUCCGAGCGACAGUGUUGUUGGGUCAACUAUUGCAUUUAAUACACCUGUAUCUACCUCCUCAAAUAUGUAGUAUAACGCCUGCGCUGCCGACGCUGAUGUCGCAGGCGUCGGCCGGCAAGCCGCAGGCGCUGGCGGCCGUGGCGGCGCUGCGCCGCCUGCACUCCAUGCUCGAGGCGCGCCCGGCCAGUAGCAGCUUGUUCCUAGACCACAUCAUACAGUAUUGUAGUGGUGCAUUUAGAGAGAAAAUAGAAGAUAUUACUAAAAGUCGAAAAGAAAAAGACAAUGCUAGUAUGGUUAAGCCUAAACCAGACGUUUCCCUCCAUAAAGAAAAUAGUAUUGAAUUUUUGAAUGAUUCUGAUAAUGAAAACGAGCCAAAACAAAGGCAUAGUGUUGGCUCGCGGGCCGAUGUUCCUAACAGAAAUGUUGGUGCUUUAGUUAAAAGUAAAAGUGUUAGUUCCCGGACUAGCGCUGCAGUCAGUAGAGUUACUAAAACAGCGAAAUUCUUCAAUCUGUUCGAACGAGACAGCGACAGUUUGAUUAGAUGUACAUUGGUUAUGCAGAAUAAAGACGGCAACACUUGGAAUUGGGAAAUAAUAAGGACUAUAUUGAAGGAAAAUGAUAGUCCUAUUCUAAAUCUCAACGAUAGUGGUCACAAAGCGUGGGUGACCCGUAUAAUUAAUUACCUGAAGCCAUCUUCCAAUAAAUAUUCUCACACGGAUUUGUCAAGUAGUUGCCAUGGCCACUCUGCUACUCGUGCAGGUUGCCAACUAAUUAGGCAUUUAUUGAAACAUAAUGAUCUUGAAUGCCAAAGAUUGCUAGAAGAAUUGUUCUUGGACGUAAGCCGUCAGAUUGAGGCUAUCGAGACAGGUCUGAAGGCUCACGAGUGUCUCUUCAGUCCACAACACAUGUGUAACACUAUGUGUCAGAUGUACUUCCUAUUUAUCGGGCAACUUUGUCACUCACAAAACGGUUUGAGGCUAUUUAAACAGACAGGAUUGUACCAAAACCUCUUAGAACUAUCAACGCGAACGCACCAUAGCUGCUAUGUGAAGUUAGUGAUAUCUAGCUUAGAUUACACCUUAGACUCGUUUCCAAGGGAUAUAUUAGCUAAGACACUAACAUGCAACAUUCAAGCCUCAAGACUGUAUGCGACGCAAUUUCUUAACGUCCUAUUAAGAGCCUCUAGGAAAUCUCGAGAAUUAGUUCGGAGAAAAGCUAAAUUGAAGAAAAAUGUUGUAAAUGACCACCUUAAAACGGCUCAGAAAGAUAAUAGCGAUGGUAACAAUGGUGUCGACAUGGAUACCUGGAUCUUGCAAAUGUUGGUCGGCCAAAUAAAAGACGAAUCUAAAGUUGUUGUUAAAACUGCAUUCACGAUUUUGGAAGAAGCUUACCAUGUGCCUACGUUUGUGGAAAAGUUAAUAACAAUGAAAGACACACUCUGUCAGAACUGUCACCUGGAUAAAACCACGGAACCAUCCUCUUUGGAUUUUGGCGCAGUGAGUGAUAGAGGGUACCUCCUUUGGUUGAGCCUUGAAGUAGCUGUGGCUGUUCAGUCGGUCGACGCGAAGUCCAUCGCAUUUCUCAAGAAACAUCUUGAUUUCUGGACCAAGUCUUACAAUUAUAGGUACGUGCGCCUGGUGGAGGCGGGCGUGCACGAGGCGCUGGCGGUGAGCGAGGCGGGGUACGGGCGCGGCGCCCCGCGCGCUCGCCGCGCCGCGCGCCUGCCGCCGCACCUGCACGCCGCGCUGGCCCCCGCCGCACCCGCCGCACCCGCCGGGCCCGCACCCACACACAGACCGCACCCUGCUAGAGCUCUACUCGCCGCUGUCUUACCGGAUCAUUACAAGAUCCUGCAACGCAAAAAAUGCGCUAACGAACAAGAGAUAGCCGAUAUAAAGGCCUCGUUGUGGGCUGUGGGCAACACUGCAGUGACGUCACAGGGCCUCCACCAGCUCAUGAGCUUGAGCAAUGGGUAUUUGGAGGACUCAGUCUUGGUACACAUUGUACGGCUGGCUAAGUACAACCCGGUGUAUUCCGUGCGAGCCACUGCGUUUUAUGUACUCGGCCUUAUUGGAAGCACUUACGAUGGUGCUAAUCUGCUUUCUGAUCUAGGAUGGCUAUGUGUUCGACACACUAGACACGAUCAGUUCCCUGUGAUCCCUGACGAGACGUUUUCAACUUUAGAACAAGGCAUAAACGUCCACUACUACGUGACGUCACCGGAAUGUCGGUACAAUGUUUACGACACAGAAAUGAGCGAACAUUCAGAUCAUACCGAUCAAAGUGUUGCAGAAAGCUUACAUUCGGAUACAACAAAGAUUUAUGGUAAAGCUGGGUCCAUAUCAGCGGACAAUUCUGAGAUUAAAGACCAAGAUGUUACUGACCAUAAAGGUUAUACUGACGGGAGAUCGGACAAAAGGAAAUCCCACACGUUGCCUUCGCAAAGCUGCUCUAGUUCACACGACCGGCCUACGUUGUCAGAGUCGAGGACUGUCGAUAUACUCAGAGAUUGUUCUACUUACGAUCGUUCUGGAACCCACCGGGUACCCAUGGCAGAGAACAGAUUGGCAAUAGGCAGAAUGAAUUCUCUAGAGCACGCUCACGAAGGCAGAGUAAGGAAUACUAGUGAAUCCAGUACAAGUGGAGUUAGUAGUUGUGAUUCUUUUCUAGGGAAAUACGCUAUUCCUGACAGGGUUCUAACGCUGAGUCCUAUACCGAGCUCGUCAAGUCUGUAUGGCAUGAAGAGCAGUAACAGCUCACAUAGGCCGAAGAUAUCCGAACUACAACGACGUACUUCCACUUCUAGUUUUUCGGGUAAUGAAGUAGCCAGUUCACCUCCAUCUCAAAUGGAUAUGACAGGUUACGCCACGUUGAAGUCACUUAACAGGCGGCCAUAUUUGUCUGAAAGCGCUGCAGGGUCGAGCGAAAUGGACGAUUUGAGUUGGUUACUAUCGGAUACAAACCGACGUACUAAACCUUUCUCGUCACUGAGGGACAGGGCCAAGUCUACAAAGGAAAGAAUGGCGAAACUGAGUCUACUAGAAUACGAUUGGAAACCUCUCCCACUGGGCGACCCGGGUCGCGGGGGCGCGGGCGGCGGCAGUACGGGCCGCGGGCGGCGCGCCACCGCGCCCUCCGCGCCCGUACCUGUACGUCUCGCACACGGACACACUCCCACAUACAUGGGGAUCUGUCUGCCCAGGGACCUCAUGGAACUGUUUCCUAGAGAUGAAGACCUAAAUGACGAGGACACUGACAAAAGUGAUCACACGAAGCGUGAUCGUCUGCCAUCUUUCCUAGUAGACACGAGUAGUGCGAGCACAGAGAACAAGUCACGCGCUACACCUGAUAGCCAAAAACUGGCUUCGCAUAAAGCCAGUUCAACCACAAUAGCAGUUCAAAUUCACAGAAUGAAUUCGGACAGAGGGGAUAAUAACGCAGACACAUCAAUCACAAGCGAAACGUGUGAAACUAAUUCUCGAGUAACCAAAGAAAGGUCAAAACGGGUUGUCACCACAGUCAACACAGACGAGACUGGCAAUAAAACGCCCAGCAAACUUGAGAAGAUAGUCAAUGAAAACAAGGAAAAUGAUAGUAUAGGUACAGGAAUAGAGAAUCAGGAUACAGGUCAGAUAAAUCAAGAUCCGACUGGGGUAAAGCCUGUAGAUGGUGAGAAUGCGGUUCCAAGUGCUACGGAAGGCCCCGUAAGCGUUGGUUCAUCUUCCUCGAGUAGGAAAUGGAGGCAUAUUUCAUCGGAUUGUCUAGCAUGCGUACGGACCCGUCCUCCGUCGUCCCAUGAGCUACGUGAAGCUUUCUUUGCGGGCAUGGAUGCCACUGGCGUGUAUGCAUCGGAACCGCGCAGUCCGACUAACGAGAAGCCGACAGUCGAUCGCAACUCCGGCCCACAAGCAGAGUUGUUGCAUCAAAUACAUUUCAUGUCCAACCCUAUACACUUGAGACAGGCUCGCUCAGUGCUGCUGUCGAUGAAACAACGCCACCCAGAGGUAUUCCGUAGUCCGUGUGUAUAUUCUGACGUGAGUGCCUUACUGGCAAGAGAUACAUACAUGUUGUGCGCGCGACGGUUCGUACAGGAACUAUUCCUGGAUACUUCGUUCGAAUGUUUCGCUUCGGAGCCACUCGCGGUGAUGGCACGCCACGGCGUCGCGUCCCCGUCCGCGAGUGUAGCUCCCGCUAUACGCCAAUAGUAUUUCGAUAAUUACAAACUUGUAAGGUCGCGGACUCUUUUUGUAAAAAUAUAUGGACCCCAUUUCGAAAGUAUUUUCUUUCACAUUUAAGUGUUGUCUGCUUUACUUUCUUGGAAAGUUGCACAGUAUUGAACGUUAAAUUCGACAUAGUCGUCAACGAGUUUUUGACGUUAACGCUUUCGUUUCGUCUUGUAUGAAAAGUUUAAGAAGCAAGAGUUCCACAUCGAUGUACGAGAUGUGCGGAUUUGGAAUGAAAUUUUACGAAAUCGUAUCUGCUCGUGAGACUUGAUAUUAUUUUUAUACAAACUAUUGUAUCGUAGAACGCGUCGUUCUAUGUGCUGUAAAUAUUUACACGAUUUGUCCAGCCUUGGUAGUAGUUCGCCACCUUACACGGUUCACUACGACUACUACUGAUGUCUUACUUUAUGCAGGUUUUGGUAAUUUAUAAGGUACUAAUUUAAUUUUUUUUCUGACUUACUGUUAUUUUAUUUUAUAGCACUUGUAUGGAUUUGAAUUAAUAUUAUAGCACUUUAAUAUAGAUAGGUUACCCUAAAAUAUUAAUGUAAAAACUAGUUAUCUACGAUUUAACGUUACACAACAGUCUUCAAUUAGUAUUAGAAGUUAUUGUUGCAGUUAUACAUGUAAAAUAAUGCUAUUUAUAUUAUUUUAUAAUGUAGGUCUUCCGAUAUUAUCGGAUGGAUAUGAAAAUAUAAUUAUGCGCUUUUGAAAAGUGUGCGUAGGUUUUGUAAAUCUAUAAGUUUUCAUUUAUAGUAUGCAGUAUAUACUUGUAUGCUAUACAAGUGAUUAUAACUAUGUAUAUAGAAAUAUUUGUUUAGCGAGGUUUUAAAUGAACGUGGAAUAACACUUAUAUGUCACAUAUUUUUGUUGACUUUUGUAUAUAUCACUACUUUGUAAUAUUAUACAUUUUAUAAACAAACAAUGAAACACUUCUGUUACACUAACAGUAAUUAUCAAAUUAUAGUAACAUUAAAAGCCGUGUGUCAUCCCAUGUUCAUGGAAAAUCUACAAAACACAAGCAAAUAACACUACUAGCACAAUAGACUAACUAUAACAUCCCUGAAUAAACAAAAUUGUAGCUUUAUAAUGAAAGUGUAUGAAUGCCUAACUAAUUAUGUAAAUGGGAUAGAUUCCGCUAAUUGCCAAGAUCUUAUUAAUUACCUACAAUUAAGUAAUCGAAAUGUGAAAAUGCCGAAUUUCUGUUUUUCUAACAAAUGUUUUAAUUUAUUUUGUAUAAGCACCUGAAUUGACGUGAUUGCCUUAAUGUUAUUGUUUAGUGAAAUAACGAAACUAUAAAUUUGCUAGUCUCACAUAAUGACAAUAGUUACUGACCCAGCCGACUGAUAAUUGCACCAUUCCCACUGACUCCAUAGUUUAUUAUAGCGUACCUAUGCUCCAAUCCCACCUGAUACAACGAUACGAUAUGUUCCCUAGUUCGAAGCAUAUUAUUGUAGUUAUAUACCUACUACAGCCUUGUGUUCAUUAUUGUACUAAAGUCUUAUGUUUGCAUUUAAUAGUACUUGUUUCUCUUUUUUCAUUGUUGUUAUUUAUGGAAACUCGAUCAGAAUAGCAAUUUAGUUUUACGUUACAUGAUAUUAUAAGUAUUAAUACAGAGCACGCCGGAUGUCACAUAUGACUACUUGUUAUGUAAUCCUUUGUUAAUGUUCAAUAAUAGUGUGUAAUCUGAAGUAGAAGUAAGUUUAAAUACCACUCGUGGAUUGUUAUCGAAGAGUAAACUGUCAGACGCAGCAGUAUUUGUAGAGGGAAGUUCUUGUAUGCUAACUAGUGUAAUAAUUUAUGCAUCCUCGAUAUCCUGCAUUUAUGAGACUGUAACAUUUAAUAUGAAUAUCAAAUAAUAACCUCGUAUUAACUGCUACUCUCCUGUUAAAUACUAGUUCUAAGAGUUGAUCCUGAUGCCGAAUAAAUAAAACUGUAAUUUUCGAAAUUCGUAAUUGCAUAUCGAAUUAAUUUAUCUUUAGUAAAAGAAUGAAUACGAAAAACGUGCCAUCGUGCUGGUUCCUUUCAAUUAUAUUAACAUGUUACAUUACUCUUAAGUACCAACCUUCUAUUAUGCCACUUCAUUACAAUAAAUAUAUUUUAUAAAGUA